CCCGCACUACGAGUGGUAUUCUCCGUAAUUACGAUCCCAUACUUGUCUCUUUUCGGUAUUUCCCUUCUCGGACAAUCCACUUACAAAAAAGCCGAACCCUACGUCGCCCCUUUUCUUCAAUCGCCGCCUCUUUUGUCGAUCUCGAUCAGUUCUUCGCCUCGAUUCCAUCUCCGUUUUUUGUCCCGAUCCUGAAAUUGAUUUCAGAUUCGAUCAAUUCGUCCUCUCGGCUCUCGAUCGAUCCCAGUUUUGUCUUCAGCCGUGUUCCCAAUUCGAUUCUAGGGUUAGGGUUUCAGAAAAUAUUCGAUCUUCUUCUUCGUUUGUAGAUCUGACAAAACGCUUAUCGGAUUAGCAAUUUUUUCGCCUUCCGCUGUAAAUUUCUUCCGAUUUUGUAAAUUAUUUUGAAUUCUUUUCGCGUUUAGGUUUUUUGAUUUCUGGGUUUCGAUCCGUAUACCUACAAUCCUUUGAGGUUCCUUUGUAGCUCAUCAGCUGUAUUUGUUGGUAGAUCUGGGUACAAUUUCUGGGAUUUCGUACAGAAUUCAAGAUCUAGGGUUAGGGUCUUCAAAAAUUUGGGGCUUUUCGUGGUUUAGUUAAAUUAGGUUGGGGAAAAGUCAGGUUGAUUCGAUUAAGCUCGGUUUUUCCCUUUGGGUGCGUCAAAUCAAAAGCUCCUAUCUUCCAAUUCAGCGAUCUGCUUCAUAUCUCGAAGACUUUUUUCUGAGUUUAAUAUGGUACAGAAACGAUCACUUGAUGAUGAGGAAAUAUUUGUUUCUUUCAAGCACCCAAGACAAGUGGGACAUAAUAAAGAGCUAGUUUCUUUCUCAGAAUCUGUUUUUCCUGGAGAUGUUUCCGAGGAACCAGAGACUUUAGAGAAUGGAUGUGCAAAAGACAAAAAUAGAAGUGAAGAGGAGAUUUCUGAUGACAAAUUUUCUGGUCUUCCAAAAGGCGGUGAGGAUGUUGAAACCAGUGCAUCUAGAAGCUUUACCAUAUCUUCAUGGGCCACUAGCAGCACUAGUGGAGAAGAUUCUCUGUUUGAAGCAUUAUUUCAUGGGUCCUUUUUCCCUGAGUACUUCAAUCAUGAACGUUCAAUAAGGACCUUGACUCAAUUUGAGGAUAUUUAUUCUGUUCUUUUGGAUCACCCUCCUCGGAAGUCUGCCUCCAUUGGACCAGAGCAUCAAGCUGAUGUUCCACUGUGGGGUGCACAAGGAGCCCAUAAUAAUUUUGACCUUGAGGAUGAGAAACGACUAAUGGGGACUUGUGUAAUUCCAAUGCCUGAUUCUGAUACUGAGUUAUUUACCGACACGGGUUGCAUAGUUGGAAAGGGCAGAAUUGAUUGCAGCUGUGAAGAUGGAGAGUCUGUUAGAUGUGUCAGGCAGCACAUUUUGGAAGCAAGAGAGAAACUUGUAAAGACCAUCGGGCCAAAGAGAUUUGAGGAGCUAGGAUUUAAUGACAUGGGAGAGCAAGUGGCACAAACUUGGAGUGAAGAGGAGGAACAACUAUUCCACCGGGUUGUCUUCUCAACUCCAACAUCUUUGGGCAAGAAUUUCUGGGACAAACUUUCAACUGUAUUCCCCUCCAGGACAAAAAAGGAGAUUGUCAGUUACUAUUUCAAUGUCUUUAUGCUUAGGAAGAGGGCGGAGCAGAACAGGUAUGACCCAAUGAAUAUUGAUAGUGACAAUGAUGAAUGGCAGGGGAGUAAUGAUUACGGUGACAAUCAACCAUCUGUGACAGAGGAUGAGGACUCGGUGGUUGAGUCUCCUGAAGGUAGACGUGUUCCUGGUUAUAAUCAAAAUUGGAAGGAUGAUUUGGAAGUGUUCGAUGAGGACGAUACGGAUGAAACUUGUGAUGAUAAUGUUGACGUGGAUAUGUUUGGGCGGGGACCUGAGCAAAUUUUAGAUAGAUGCUACGGGUUGGUUGACAACUGCAGUUCCUGUCCCAUACCUCAGCUUCAGGAUAAGAUUUCCUGGGAUGAAAAGGUAGAUCAAGAAGUCCAAGAUGAUUCAUGCACGUCCGUUGAUGCAGCCGUGGCUGCCUCGCAAGAGAGUCAGCGGAAGCCUGAGGACGGGAAUCAUUGGUCGGGUAGUUUUAACCGCGGUGACCACGAAUAUGUCUUGGAGCCUUGUGAUGCCAAAAUCUGGGAUGCUGGGUAUAUGACCUUCCCCAAAAACAAGGUUGACUUCUUGCCAACUAGCAACAUGAUUGAAGAGGUUUUCGGGAAAGAAUCAUGGAAUUACAAAGCAAGGGAUGGCAAAAACUUGGGCUAGCGUUGCAUGUCCUUCGCCGAGAUGGUCUCCGGAAAUG